CGAAAUAGUAAAAGUGGCCAACGCGCAUGCGCGAGACUGGUAAACCAUGGCGGAUUCAGGAAGCGAGGAUAUAGCGGUGAUUGGAAACACAGAUCUGACUCCUUCGGAGUCGGAAAACAACCUUAAGAACACGAUGGUUGAAAAAGGGACAAGUCUUCUGAAGAAGAUGGAGAUCAGUGUGGCUGAAGCAGAGAAGAGGACUGGGAAGAAUGCCGUCAACAUGCAGGAGACUUAUACAGUGUAUCUUAUAGAGACGAGGCCGGUGGAUGCUGCGUCAGAAGGGAACAAUCCUGUCCCAGAUUCAUUGUGGAGGCGUUACAGCGAGUUUGAGCUGCUUAGAAACUAUCUGUUAGUCACCUAUCCAUUUGUGGUGGUUCCUCCAUUGCCUGAGAAACGGGCUGAAUUUGUUUGGCACAAGCUGUCAGCAGACAACAUGGACCCUGACUUUGUGGAGAGGCGUAGGGUUGGACUAGAGAACUUCCUGCUCCGAGUGGCCUCACACCCAGCCCUGUCCAGUGACAAGAUCUUCUAUUUGUUCCUCACUGAGGAAAAUGGUUGGAAGGAAACCGUGUUUGAGACGGGAUUUCAGGCAAAGGCCGAUUCAAGAUUAAAAGCUUUACAUGCCACAUUCAGAGUGAAGAAUCCAGACAAGCGAUUUGCAGAAAUGAAACACUACGGCGAUGAGCUGCAAGCUGUUAUUUCGCAACUGCUGAGAGUUCGUGCAAGAGCAGCUGAUCGCCUGUAUGGAGUCUACAAAGUUCACGGAAAUUAUGGAAGAGUCUUUAGCGAAUGGAGUGCCAUAGAGAAAGAGAUGGGAGAUGGGCUGCAGAGCGCUGGCCAUCACAUGGACGCGUAUGCUGCUUCUGUAGACGAUAUUCUAGAGGAAGAAGAGCAUUAUGCUGAUCAGCUGAAGGAGUACCUUUUCUAUGCAGAUGCAUUAAGGACCGUGUGUAGGAAGCAUGAACUGACACAGUAUGAACUGGAGAUGGCCGUCCAGGAUCUGACCUCUAAGAAACAGCAGCGAGAGGAACUCGCCACAGGGACGAUACGGACCUUCUCUUUGAAGGGAAUGACCAGUAAACUGUUUGGACAAGAGACCCCAGAGCAGAGAGAGGCCAAGCUGAAAAUGCUGGAGACACAGAUUGAAGAAGGAGAGGAACUGGUCAAAGAAAGAAACUCUGAAUGCGAUGAGUUUGUGAAAAGUGCAUGGGUGGACAUUGAGAGGUUCAAAGAGCAGAAAGACCAUGAUCUCAGAGAGGCUCUCAUCAGCUAUGCCAUCAUGCAGAUCAGCAUGUGCAAAAAGGGAAUUCAGGUGUGGAACAAUGCUAAAGAGUGCUUCAAUAAGAUGUGAGGGUUCCAGCUACGACUACCAGAACACCAGGAGGCCUUGGAGAUGUCAAUCCAGAGAAGCACACACUCCUAAAGACUGACCUUGGGGUCUAAAGUCUUCCUCUCAAUCCUAAACAUUUGUCAGCCUCUUGCAUCAGGUGCUCUGGUGUAAAAAGGUAUCAAAUAAUAUUGACAUACACUAGUUUCAGAGUCCAGAUAGUGAAUGGAUGGGGUGCUGUUUUAUUUAUUUCCAGAUUUUAAACCUGGUUACUUUUGUGACUGCACUAUUUUGACCUACACAAGAGCUUGUGAAGGUAACGGACGAUUCUUAACACUUCAGAUACACAAGAACGACUUAAUUGGUAUUGAUUAAUCUUGAACAAUGGAAUCAUUUCUUUAUAAUAUGUAUUUUUCUUGAUGCUGUUUGAUGUCAAAAUGUGUGCCAAAAUCAUUCCUUUUUCUACUUUCCAUCAAAGUUUUAACUACUUUAGCUCACCAUAAAACAAAAGCACAGAUUAAAAUUGUCGACGCAAAAUAAGAGGGUGGGAUUUUGAGGGAGGGAAAAAAAGUGAAUCCAGCCGUUCCAUUUUUAUUUUAACCCGCACCCCCUUCAUAAUUGUAGUCUUGCACAUCUGGAAAAUGAUCUUUAUCACCUGGCUCAGAGGACACCUAAAGUCAGAUUUCCUAAGAAAGGAAAGUAACUUAUUCGCGUGCAAACUAAAUUGGCCUUUACGCCCAUACAGCAAACAAAGUUGCAAACAUUCAUCAUAAUAUGCUGCUCCUUCACUUUUUCUGCACAUUCAGUCAUAAAAACAUAAGCUGUUUAUAUCACUGACCCCCUCCCUUUAAAUGGGUCAGUUCAUCUGAGAAAUAUUAAUAUGCUGUUUAUGCCUUAUUCAAGCAUAUUUUCUUUGUUGCUACAGCUUCCACUAUGAAUGCCAUAUUUGUCAUUUGUUAUGAUGAGUGGGCGGGUCAGUGUUUUGAUAUAAGUCUGGCUGAAGGAACACGAAGGUCACAGGAAAGGCAGGAUAUAAUAAUUUUCUCAUUUUAGAGCUGCAUGAAUAAUUCGGCCUGACCCCCUGGUCAUUUGGUUAAUUUUUUUUUGGGUUUAGAGUAGGGCAAAGGUAACCAUUUUGUAUAUAUUCUGUUAAAAUCGUUGUAUAACACUAAUGAUAAUAAUAAAAAAUAACAUUACCAUUAUCAUUUAGCUUGUGUUUUCAUUUGUAGUGAGGCUCGCACGAUUUUCAUGUGUUCAUCUAUUUUAAUAGUCUAAGAGCUCCGCGGUGAUCUUUUCUUUAAUGUGGAGUUAAUUUUGACUAUGCUUAAAUUUAUAUGAAAUUUUUUAGUUUGAGGUGUAACUUUAAUAAAAAUACACUGUGCAUGAGAAUGCUUCUGUAUAUAACCAAAUAUACAGUGCCCUCCAUAAGUAUUGGAACAAAACUGUUAUGUUUGUUGUGGAGUCAAAGAUGAAUAUGAGACAAAACUACAGAAUGUCAAAUUUUAUUAUUGGGUGAUUCAUUCAACACAAAGAUGUUUUACCAGCUAAGAAGAUCAGCACUUUCAGAGUUUCAUCUCCCUGUCUGAAGUACUGGAACAGUUGCCUCACAGGCCUUUCUAAGCAUUCAGCUGUGUCCUGUUGCAUUGAUUCUUCAGAUAUUAGAAGCAGGGAGUGUGUCUUAUCAGUUACAUCCAUUGCUUCUGCAUUCUAAGUCUUGCAUUCGAUGAUGACACACACAAACCAGGAUGAAGAUGAGGAAGCCGACUCUAAAAGAAAAGCAGGCAAUUUGGAUUCUAAAAGAAAAGAGGAAGUCAAUUAGAACUAUAGGAAAAACAAAGAGCAUGGAGAAAUCAAGAAUUUGGAAACUACCAGCAAGAUCAGCAACCAACGAUGACCUGAUCGUUGAGAAAAACAACAUUAGCUGAUGACAGAUAAAUCAUAAAAGCUGUGAAAAUGAACAUAAGACCAAGAGUCUGGUAAUGUCUAUGGGUUGCAGACCCACUGCUCUGAUUGCAGCAUGCAAGGGAUCUGCAACUAAAUAUUAGCUUUGAAUCUUUAUCUGCUGUAAAUUCAACGGUCCCAAUACUUAUGCUCACAUCAAAUAAUGGGAUGAACCAAAAGUGCUAUCCUUUUUAUUCUGUAAAACAUGUAUGUGUCAAAAGACCUAAUAAUAGAAUGUGACAUUCUGUAGUUUUUUUGCAUAUUCAUCUUUUAAUCAUAUUGGCAAAUGUCUUGACUCCACAGCAGAGAAAGCUAUUUCAUCUUUACAGUUCCAAUAUUUAUGGAGGGCACUGUAUUUAAACUUAAAUCAAGUUUAAAUAACCAAGUUUAAAUGUAAACUUUAAUCAAGGUUAAACUACAAAUGUCUUAUGUUAUCUCUGUACACUAAACUGAAGUGGGAGAAAGUAUUUUAACACUGGAAAACAAUCCAUUCUUUAACAUGAGCUGUGUACUGGUAAAAAGAAUGCAUUUCUUUAAACUUAUCAAUUGUAGUGAUCUCUACAGCCUCAGCCUUUUUCUCAGGAGGAAUCGCCAUUCGUUUUUUGUUGUUGUAAUGCUUCCCUCUAGUGGUGUGUUAUACUUAUGAACAAUCUUUUAUUAAAAAAGCCUUUGAUAUAACAGACUGGUAAGAUGUUUGGUUUAGCACGGGUUAAACCAAGGUAAAUGAGUUGACACUUUUCUUGUUUACUUCACAGUUCUUCAUUUUAUCCACUUAAAUAUCUUAUUAAAUUGAGCCCAAAUCAGAAAUGAAUGUUUGUUUAUAUUUAAAUGCCACUAAUUCUCUUCUUCAGGUUGAUUUUAGGGCAGUGGUUCUCAUCCUUUUUGACUUAUAUUUUCUAUGGUAUUUAUCUUGUAAUAAUGACAACGCUACUUGUCAGAAACUUAAUUAAACAUUGAUUCAUUUUGUGAUUCUAUGAUAUUUUGUGUCCUUUAAUAAAAUAAAAGUUUUAGAGGGGAA